CACCUCGCCCACUUCCCCGUCCCCGUCCCCCCUGUCUCCCUCUCUAUCUCUCAGUGUUUUAUGUCUGCGUCACAACAAGUCACUCGGUCGGCAGCCAGAGGCGAGGAUGAUGGCGUCUCUCUCGGCUUGACUCUAAGGCAAACAGGCUCGUUUUACGGUCCGGAGGAGCGAGAAUUAGAGAGGGGGGGGGAACAGACGGGAGCAUGACGGAACGACGCCCUGCAAGGCAGACAGACGGAGCGACUGACGGACAGACGCAGCGGCGCUGACGGGCUGAUUGACGCGCUGCUCGGCACAGGCGCUGGCAUACAGUGACCGAGACCGAAAACAGUGGGAAAAUACAUCUGGAUGUUAAUCUUAUACCGUUACUUUGCUUCUAUUUCACGAGACUGAGAGGAGUUCGACUUUUCAGGAUGGGAGGAUUGAGCGAGGGAGAUGAUGUGUUGGCUCGGUGGAGCGAUGGUCUGCUGUACCUGGGCAAUGUGAAAAGAGUAGAUGGGGUCAAACAGUGUUGCUUGGUUCGAUUUGAAGAUAAUUCUGAAUUCUGGGUGCUGAGAAAAGAUAUUCAUUCUUUUUCUGCUGGAAUUGAGGGAGUUUGCUGUGUCUGUGAUGCUCCACCUCUCAAAGAGCCCCUUGUAAACUGUCACAAGUGUCGCCAUGGGUACCACCCUCAGUGUCAUGUCCCAUCUAUUGAAGUUGAAGCUGACUGCAGCACCUGGAUUUGCAGACAGUGUGUCUUUGCAGUUGCGACCAAGAGAGGAGGAGCGAUGAAACGAGGACGCUUCGCCCGGCUCAUGCAAAUCAUGAAGCUGCGGUUGCCCUAUCAGCUAUCAGAGUUAGAUUGGGAUCCGCAGCAUCUGACCAAUCAGCAACAGUGCUAUUGCUACUGCGCAGGUCCUGGAGAGUGGAACCUGAAAAUGUUGCAGUGCGGAGGCUGUGGCCAGUGGUUCCACGAGGCCUGCAUGCAGUGCUUGACCAAACCACUGCUGUACGGAGACCGGUUCUACCAGUUUGAGUGUUCGGUAUGCACAAAAGGACCAGAAACCAUUGAAAGGUUACCUAUGAGUUGGGUAGAUUUGGCCCAUUUGGUGCUGUAUCACCUCUCCCUCUGCUGCAAGAGGAAAUAUUUUGAUUUCGACCAUGAAAUCCUGUCCUUUGCCAACGAAAACUGGGAAUCUCUGCUACUGGGCACGCUGUCGGAUACCCCCCGACAAGACCGCUGUAAAAACCUUCUCGAUGCGCUGAACUCCCAUAAAGACAGGUUUGUGUCUGGGAAGGAGAUCAAGAAGAAGAAGUGCCUGUUUGGUCUCCAGGUCCGGGCUCCGCCCCCCUUGACCUCUGACCUGUCACCCUUCAUCACAGACCCGCCCCUUGGCAUCUCGCCCAAGAGAAGUCCUCUUUCAGCGCUGUGCCAGAAGGGGGCCGUGGAUUCUGGGCCGAGGAAGUCCAAGCGGCACGUCAAGGAGGUGCAGCCCAGCCCCCAAGGUGCUGGGGCCAAUCCGGUUGAUCUUAUGUCAUUUUGUCGCGUGGGCGGAACCAAUCGCUUCGGCUUGAAGAGAACAGAAGAUGAAUUGAACGGAUCUGCCCCCAAGCGGAUGUUUGCCCUCCAUCACCCCUCCUGCAACAGGCCACCGGGCCUCCCCAGAGUUGAGGAGUCUUGUGACCUUUCUGCAGACUGUGUCCCUGUUCCCCGGUCUGCAGUCCACCACCCUGUGCAGAAGAACGAUGCGUGUGCCCCGCUCUUCCCACAUGACAUCAUAUCCCGUCCUGGUGGAGACGGAGACCAGGGACAGGGUUCUGUGCUGGAGAGGGGGCUGGGGAGCGGGGAGGCGGUGAGGAUUUUGGCGAAGCGUGUCACGCUGGAUGGAAAAGUGCAGUACCUGGUGGAGUGGGAAAACGUCUGCUGAGCGUCAGGGAGGGAGACACCCAGAGAGCAAAGGAGGGAACCGAAAGAGAGGAGGAUAAGGUGACACAGCGGAAUGUCACUCCCGUGAAAAAGACCCUAAUGGGGUGAUGUCACAUGCGCCCCCAGUGAGCUCAGAGAACAGGAAGGUCCUUGUUUUUAAAUUCAGAGGAGGCACCACGUUUACAGGAAGUGGCAGAGACGGCUGUUCUGGAAACCUGCUUCAUGAACCUACAUUUCUUAUUCAGUUCUUUCUUGCUCACAUUUGUUUUUUUUUUCCACGUCCUUUGAACUAUUUUUAUCUUAUUUCUGAGUGGUAUUCUAUUACAUAAUGCUCCUUUGGCCCAUUUUUGCUAACAUCAAUGAUAUUUUAUUAUCACAUAUUUCCUUCCAUUCACUGCUUGUAGGAUUUAACAUUUAUUCAUAUUGUAAUUGUGUUCGCGUCUAUUAAAUAAAUUCAAAUACA